GAUGUCGGGCAUUGUGAGACAUUUGAACACUGAGCACCGAGUGGCUCACCCACUCACACACACACACUCUAACACACCGGUGUGGAGUAGCAGCGCGCGGAGCGGCACGGACACAGGGGGAUAUCUGCACCUGUCCUACACACACACUCCUCAGACACACACACACAGAGGAUCUGACCGGACGUCCCUAUGUGUGGAUGGGAUCAAAGUUACACGGCGACCUCUCAUAGCUCGGCCAUGUUGACCAGUGAGGGGGCGCACACCAUGGAGCAGGACGACACGCACACCGGAGCCAAGAUGGCUUCCACCGCCACCACCACCACCACCACCAGCUCCGCCGCAGCACACACGCUGGCAGACACGGACGUGGACAUGGACGUGGACAUGGAGGACGCAGACAUGACCCAGUGGACGGAGCCAGAGUUUGAGGAGAAGUGCACGUACAUCGUCAAAGACACACCGUGGGAGGCGGGGCAAGACGGCGACGCCGUGACGACAACAACCACCAGAGCUGAGGCGUCUCUGCCCCGAAACCUGGUCUUCAAAUACCCGGCUGACAGCAAGGAGGUGGUCGGCGUGUGCAGCAGGGAGUACAUCCCCAAAGGAACUCGCUUCGGUCCCCUGGUGGGCGAGAUCUACACGGCCGACAGCGUCCCCAAAGAUGCCAAUCGCAAGUACUUCUGGAGGGUGAGUACACGCAAGGGGAAACACACACAUACAGACACACACACACUUCCUCAGAAGCCGGAGGGACCCCUUCCUGUGACGUCACACGCGUCUAAAGUCAGUCAGUGGAACAGGAAACUGGGCUCGCUGUUUUUCUGUGUGUGUGUGUGUUCAUUAGACGGGGAUACAGAACAGUCUAUGUUGGAGGUCAAGCAGCAGCAGGUGAGCAGUGAGGAGCGUUUGGUCGAAGCCUGCAGCCCGUCCCCUGUUGCAGUCACCCCUACACCGCCCAAGAGGGAACACAGUGUCCUCUCCAUUCUGCGUGGCACCAACAGCACCUCGUCCAUAAAGAGGGAGCCCAGCCGGCCGCUUCCCACUCGCCCGCGCUGCGCCGACAGCCCCGAGCGCCUUCUAUACCCUCACGCAUUCUACCCGGCUCUCAGGCCCCACCCUCACAUCCCUGAAGACUUCCUUGGCCACAAAUCUGGCCAGCUUGGUUACCCAGCGACACGCUCUCCUGGCAACCAGUCUUCAGCCACACCCAGUCCGUCGGCAAGGAGCAGCCCCGACAGCAGUCCUCAGGGGAGCCCCUUGGGUCCGUCACCAUCGUCAGCUUCUUACUACCCCGCCGGGCUGGGUUCUUACCCCGGUUACUCCCCGCCACCUACCCCCCUUUCCUCAUCCUUCUACCCUCCAGGAGCCCCCUACUCGCGCUACAUCCUUCCCCAUCACUACCCUCUGCCUGGAGGUGGUGUCCCCACCGUUGGAGGAAUCUUUCCAAGGUUGUACCCUAUCUACAGAGGCCUCCUGCCCCCUCACGUGCCCCUCCACCCUUCCGACACAGCAGGGAGGCACUUCCUGAUGCCUGACCACGUCCACCCCUCCCCCAUCUCUGCCCACAGAGACUUCCUCCUUCCCAGGCCCGCCAGUGCCUUCUCAGCCGCCACAUCUCUGAAGGACAAAGCAGGGCCUCACCACCCUUAUCAAGGGCACCCUCACCCACACAGACCCACCCACGCCCCCUCCAGCGGCUCCCCAACAGCAGGCACAGCCCCUCUCAGCGAGCGGGUGCCCACCAAGCCUUCCUCAGCCCUGCUGGGCAAUGCCAGCGAGCAUUGCUCUGAUGAGGAGGCCAUCAACCUGAUCAAGGUGAAGCGUGGCCCAGGCUCAGCGGGCUACAAGGCGCUGCCGUACCCGCUGAAGAAGCAGAACGGCAAAAUCAAGUACGAGUGCAACGUGUGCAGCAAGACCUUCGGACAGCUGUCGAACCUGAAGGUUCAUCUUCGUGUUCACAGUGGAGAGAGGCCCUUCAAAUGUCAGACCUGUAACAAAGGCUUCACCCAACUGGCUCACCUGCAAAAACACUUCCUGGUCCACACAGGGGAGAAGCCACAUGAAUGUCCGGUAUGUCACAAGCGCUUCAGCAGCACCAGCAACCUGAAAACUCACCUGCGCCUCCACUCGGGGGAAAAGCCCUACCACUGCAAACUCUGCCCGGCCAAAUUCACGCAGUUUGUCCACCUCAAGCUGCACAAGCGACUGCACUCACGCGAACGUCCGCACAAAUGCUCCCACUGCCACCGCCACUACAUCCACAUGUGCAGCCUGCGGCUUCACCUGAAGGGCUACUGCCCGGCGGUCUCCGGCCAGGUCGCCUUGGAGGAGGUGCAACGCGCCAACGAGGAGAUUGAGCGAUUUGACGUCAGCGAGCACGCCGAGCAGCUGGAGCAGCUGCAGGGAGGCGCAGAGGUGGAGGCAAUGUUGGAGAAGCAGGUCUUGGGGAUGCUGUGGAGGGAGACCGACCUUAAGUCUUCCCGCUUCCAUCCCCACCACAAGGGUUGCACCACCGAGCUCAUGUCUACGGGUUACGGUGCAUACGAGUCCCCGAACGAGACGUCGGUCAUCAAGAUGCGGCACAGCAGCAGCCACGUCCCGCAGCUUCCUGCUAACGUCACCGUCAAGCAGGAGUCAGAGGACCACGCUUAAGUUACCUUUUUAACCCCAAGGGACAUAGAGCCGAGACUGUGCGGCUCAAGGCGGACUGAGUUGCCAGGAGCAACGUCUGUAAAUAAAUAAUUCUCUAUCUGGUUUGUCUUCAGGAGGAACAGCAUGAUUACACCAGGUUUCAGGUUUCAACCUAUCAGGGACUUGCGUACUCAGGGCUCAAGAGACACUGUCCCAUGACUACUUAGCGGUUUCAGCGUUUGUUACAUUUAGAGACAAUCAUCUACCCAGGAGUUACUUUUUACUGUAAUUAAUAUAAUGCUAUUAUCAUUAUUGUUGUUGUAUUAUUUGAUUUCUAUUUUCAAUUGUCUCUGUUGUUUUUUUUUUGGAUCAAUUAGUUGUUGUAUAACCUCCUUAAUUUAUUAUACUUUUUUUAUUUGUUGUCUUCAAAAAGCAAUAAGUGGAAGGGAUGCUUCCACUGACGGGGGGAAAUCAAUGUAAAAGACUAUUUUUUCUGUUUAUGUUAUUUUUCCUUUUUUUGGUGGCUAUUUCUCCGUAGAUAGUCACUCUCUCUAUGCCUAUGUCCGUCUGUCCUGUGACCUCUGGCCUAUAGAGACAGGGGUGUCCACUCUUCAGGGUUUUAUCUAUUUAAAAUUAAGAAAUCACUAUAGCAGGUUU